AUGCCCGGUGGUGCUGUGACCAUGGACUCGGGGGACAAUGUCGAGGAGACUCGUCUUGAGGCCCCCGUCACCGUCAGAACCUAUCUGAUGUGUGCCUUUGCUGCCUUUGGUGGUAUCUUCUUCGGUUACGAUUCCGGAUACAUUUCCGGUGUCUUGGGCAUGAAGUACUUCAUCUCUCAAUUCGAGGGUCUUGAUCCCUCCCUGGCCGUCACUAACCCCGAUGCCUUUGCCAUCACCUCCUCCCGCAAGUCUCUGAUUGUCUCUAUUCUGUCCGCUGGUACUUUCUUCGGUGCUCUUCUCGCCGGUGAUCUGGCUGAUUGGUUCGGUCGUCGUACAACCGUCAUCGGCGGAUGCUUCGUCUUCAUCGUCGGUGUUGUUCUGCAGACUGCCUCCGCGAGCAUUGGUCUCCUGGUUGCCGGUCGUCUCGUUGCUGGAUUCGGUGUUGGUUUCGUCUCCGCCAUCAUCAUUCUGUACAUGUCGGAGAUUGCGCCCCGCAAGGUCCGUGGUGCUAUUGUCUCCGGCUACCAGUUCUGCAUCACCAUCGGUCUCAUGUUGGCCUCGUGUGUCGACUAUGCCACCGAGAACCGCAUGGACUCUGGCUCCUACCGCAUCCCCAUCGGUCUGCAGAUGCUCUGGGCCCUCAUCCUCGGUAUCGGUCUCUUCUUCCUGCCCGAGUCCCCCCGUUACUUCAUCCGCAAGGACAACAAGGAGGCUGCCCGUCAAGCUCUGGCUCGCAUUCGUGGCCAGGCCCCCGACUCCGAGUACAUCGAGCUCGAGCUCAGCGAGAUCGAGGCAAACUACCAGUAUGAGAUGUCCGUCAUCCCCCAGGUCGGUUACUUCGAGAGCUGGAUCAACUGCUUCCGUGGCAACAUCUUCCACCCCAACAGCAACGUCCGCCGCACUGUUCUCGGUGCCUCGCUCCAGAUGAUGCAGCAGUGGACCGGUGUCAACUUUGUCUUCUACUUCGGUACCACCUUCUUCAAGCAGCUCGGCACAAUCCAGAACCCUUUCCUGCUGAGCAUGAUCACCACCAUUGUCAACGUCUGCUCCACCCCCAUCUCCUUCUGGGCCAUUGAGCGCGUCGGUCGUCGUCCCCUCCUCCUCUGGGGUGCCCUCUGCAUGGUUGUCUGCCAGUUCAUCGUCGCCAUCAUCGGUGUCACCGACGGUGGCAACCCCAACGCCGUCUCCGCCAUGAUCGCCUUCAUCUGUAUCUACAUCUUCUUCUUCGCCGUGACCUGGGGUCCCGGUGCCUGGGUCGUCAUCGGCGAGAUCUUCCCUCUCCCCAUCCGUUCCCGUGGUGUCGCCAUCUCCACCGCCUCCAACUGGCUCUGGAACUGCAUCAUCGCCGUCAUCACCCCCUACUUCGUCGACGCGAACCAGGGUAACCUCGGUGCCAAGGUCUUUUUCGUCUGGGGUUCCCUCUGCGCCUGCGCCUUUGUCUACACCUACUUCCUCAUCCCCGAGACCAAGGGCCUGACCCUCGAGCAGGUCGACAAGAUGAUGGAGGAGACCACCCCCCCUCACUCAACCUUUGCCGACGAGAUGGGUGUCACCUACAACGAGAAGGUCAGCACCGGCCCCACCGUCACCCAGGUCGAGGCUUAG